AUGCAGUUAGCAGUAGCGGCACAGCCAGAUGAUGAAGAAGCCCCACCACCUAAAAAGGAAGAGAAAGUCAUUCCUAAAUUUGGAACUGUAGAAUGGAUCGACUAUAUCAGUGAAUUUGAUGGUCAUCUUCCGACACCUAUAGACGUUUCUAUCACGGGCUCAACAGCAUACCUUUGUCCAGAACUAAGAUGGUACAAUUUCGACGUCUAUCCGCAUAAAGUGAAAUUGACAAACACUGGAUAUACUUUGGUACUUGGUGCCAAAUGGAGAACGGAACGUCCGUACUUAGAAGGCGGCCCGUUCUUGGAAAAGCAUGUUCUAUCACAAAUUCACUUUCACUGGGGCGCGGAUAUGAUGGAAGGCAGUGAACAUACCGUGGACCAACGAACAUACCCUGCAGAAAUGCAGGUAACAUUCUUCAGAGCUGAGUACUUAACCCAGGAGGAGGCAUUCAAACACCAUGAUGGUGUUGUUAUGGUGUGCUAUUUGAUCAAGUACGGCGUCGAGGACGACGACCGUCUCACCUGGAUAAUUGAGGGUUUCCCGCGAAUUCGUGAGGCACAGACGAACACGCGCGUAGGGCCUUACCCAAUGUCGCGUCUGCUGCCGAUGUUCUUUGAAGACUACUUCUUGUAUUGGGGCACUUUGAACACAGUCGCAGGAGAAAGCCACGUUCUUAGAUGGCUGGUACCACGGAUCACUCUCUUUGCUAGUUUUUCACAGAUGAAAGAAUUUCGCAAGUUCUGGGAUCCUUGGGAUGAACCAAACCUGAGAAACUAUAGACCAUUGCAAGAGCGUGGCGAUCGACAUGUUCUUCUAAUUAACGCUCACUGGAAUCAAUAUAACUCAUUACUGCCAAUACCAAGAGUACCCGAGCCUUCUAUAUCAGUACUAUCAACUGCUUACCAAGCCAAUUUGUGGAUGUUGCCCCCACAAAAUGCGUAUAUGUUACCUCCCGAACCUGAACCUACAGCUACACCUGAACUUGAUGAAGAACAAGCAAACAACGAAAACUAA